AUGAAUGUGCGCUGUAUGCAAGCUGCGACUCGAGAUGGAUUACGCGUGCACAGUUCGAAGCGAUCCCUGCUGCGGUUUGCCCGAGAAGCAGAAUAUUGCAGCCGUUUGGCGAAGUAUUUCAACACAGUUGCUACUCAUGUGUAUGACGUGCUCGUUCAACUAUGGAAGUUGAUAUGUACAGAGUGA